UAAAAAAUAUUUUGCUACAUUUGAUAUAACUUUAAUUUAGAAUCACAAGAUUAGAAAAUCUUCUUUCUUUUCUUAAAUUCCGUUUCAAGUCAAAUUAGGCCAUCUUUUUCGAAACGGAGGAAGUAGUUAAUAUGCAGUGGUAAACCUGAUUCAGUCUUAGAGGGCUAAAGGCUUAUAGGGUCUCUGAUUCAAACUUUGUGCAUGGAGAAAAACGCUUUCUCCGAAUGAGCCUCGUAAUGUAUGAUUUGGAUUUUAUCGAGACUUUAAUGUGAAUUCUGACAUCCGAACACCGAGUUGGACAACCAAAAAAAAUUAUUUUUUUAUUUAUUUACAUAUUUCCUUAGUAAAUAAUAAUUAUAAGACGCAUUUAACUAUUUUACACUUGAUGCAAUUGAAGUUUUUAUAAAUUUAAAAAUAAAUUUAAUUUUACUCUGAAAUAACUAUUUUUAGAAUUCACAACCAAUAAUUUUGAAAGGGAGUAGUAGUAAAUAAACAACUUUUUUUUUUGUUUAAAUUUCAAAACUGACUUAAAAAAAAAAGAAGAAAUUAGUUUUCAAUUUAUCAUAUGUUUUUAUUGCUUAAUUUUUUUUUUAUUUUUUGUCUUGUUAAAAAGUAUAGAAGGGUUUUAUUUUCACUUUGUGAAAAAUUGAUCUGGGUGAAGAACAAAUCAAUCCUUUCUGGGUUCAAAUUGGGAAGGACCCAAGUCAAACUGGUAAAUAUAGCAAACAAUAGGCAAAUAGUUCAUUGUAAUCAAAGCAAAAUUGAUCUUCAUUUUCCCUUUUUUGUCUCUUCAGAAUUAGGUAGAACUUAGCAGAUCUUUGUUAGGUAGAAAACAGGGCAAAAAUCUCGUUUUUAUCGCUGCAAAUAUGAACGUCGGACCAUCUGGUUUCAACAACGCACCAGUGACAAGGGCAUUGGUAAUUGCGUGUACUAUCUUCACCAUCAUAUUUGGUGUUCGUGGUCGUGGAAAUCAGCUGGGAUGGUCUUAUCAGGAUAUCUUCCAGAAGCUUCAAAUCUGGAAGCUGAUCAUAUCGGCUUUUACCUUUUCUUCUACCCCUGAACUAGUAUUUGGAUUAUAUCUGCUGUACUACUUCCGUGUCUUCGAGAGGCAAAUCGGUUCAAACAAAUAUUCUGUUUUCCUGCUGUUCUCUUUUGUGGUCUCUUUAUUACUUGAGGUUCUUGCUCUACAACUUAUUAAAGAUCCUUCCUUGAGUAUCCUGUCUGGGCCCUAUGGACUAAUUUUUUCUUCCUUUGUGCCCUUUUAUCUCGACAUUCCGGUUUCUACCCGGUUCCGCUUAUUUAGUCUCAACUUCUCUGACAAGACUUUUAUUUAUUUAGCUGGCCUCCAGCUUCUUUUCUCAUCCUGGAAAAGAUCUAUUGUACCCGGGCUCUGUGGAAUAAUUGCAGGUUGCUUGUAUCGUUUAAACUUUUGCCGUAUUAGGAAAGUGAAGUUCCCAGAAUUUAUUACAUCCUUCUUUGCUCGACUUUCUUGGCCAUCGAUGGGUAACCUGCCACCGCCUUCUGCACCAGCAAGAAAUGCUCCAGGAAACGUACCAAUCUUUGCUGGUCGCCAAAUGGAGGGGAACUACCCAGCUCCAGUUUCAUCCACCCCAGAACCACCAGAAGACGCUAUUUCUAUGCUGGUAUCGAUGGGCUUUGAUAGGAACUCAGCAAGGCAGGCACUCAUCCAUUCAAGAAAUGAUGUUAAUAUAGCCACAAACGUCCUUCUCGAGUCGCAAUCACACUGAGAUGGAACUUGCAGCAGUUCCUGGAGGUGUUCAUAAUAUGGAAUUUUUUUGGGAAUGGUUGGAUUUACUUUCUCUUCCAAUCUUUCAAGGUGCUCUUCGGUUUUUGUUCCUCUGUUUCUUUAGCAUUUCAUGCACUUAUCUCAUUCCAACACCACCCUAAUUGAUUGUAAUACCUGGAUCAUCAUAUACAGGGUUGUUCAAAUGCAUCAUUUUAGAGAUUAGGUUAUUAUGUAUAGUUGCAAUGAUGAGCUCUUACUGGUUUUCUGGUGAUUGUAAAUCUGACCAAAUUACUCACUCCUAUAGGUUGAAAAUAGUUUCUUGCUUUUUCGAAUCCUGAAUCAUCCUCUUAUUGGAGCCUGAAUGUUGAUUGGUUCUUUAUUCGUUA